UGUUGGCUUAGUAGGGGCCGCGCGCAUGCGUGGUGCUUCCUUCCUGCGCGCGCCCUUCCUUCCUAUCCCGCUCUCCCUCCCCGCGCGUGCGCAUAUGUGUGUGUGUUUGUGUGUGUGCCGAGCGGCACGCGGGAGGGGGCGGAGCCUCCGCUGCCGUUGCUAGCCUUCCUUAUGAGCGCGCGGCGCGGCCGUUGAGGAGCCAGACCUCGUCCUGUCAGCGGCUCCAAGGAGGAAAGACCCAGAGAGGCCGGGCUAUGACCUGCCUCCCGGGCUACCCUUGCGCCGCCGUCCGCGCUUUGCUCAAGACUUCGCGGCGGCACCACCACCAUCAUCACCAGCAGCAACAGCCGCCUCUUUCUCCGCCCUUCCUUCAGCGGCGCUUCCUCCGCUUGGGCAAGGCGUCCGCGCUGGCGGGGCCAGGCUCUCCCCCUUCCGCGCACAGGGCCCUGGAAGGCGGCUUCCGUCCGGCCCGGGUGGCCGUGGUGGCCAAGACCACGCGCUACGAGUUCGAGCAGCAGCGGUACCGUUACGCCGGCCUCUCCGAGGAGGACCUCAAGCAGCUGCUUGCGUUGAAGGGCUCUAAUUAUAGUGGACUACUAGAACGGCAUCGGAUUCAUACAAAAAAUGUGGAGCAUGUUGUAGAUAGUUUAAGGAAUGAAAAGAUUGAGGUCCGACUUGUGAAACGCAAAGAAUAUGAUGAAGACACUGUUCGGUGGGCAGAUGCUAUUGUAGCAGCAGGAGGUGAUGGCACAAUGCUUCUGGCAGCCAGUAAGGUGUUUGACCAAUUAAAACCCGUUAUUGGAAUAAACACAGACCCUGAUAGAUCUGAAGGCCACCUGUGUUUACCUGUACGAUAUACACACUCAUUUCCAGAUGCCCUACAAAAGCUCUAUCGUGGUGAAUUCAGAUGGCAGUGGAGGCAGCGGAUUCGGCUGUACCUUGAAGGAACUGGUAUUAACCCUGCCCCUGUUGACUUGCAUGAACAACAGUUGAGUCAAGAACAGCAUAGUAGCGCCCAUGUUAAUGGAAGAUUCCAGGAUCAAAAGUCUCAGAUUUCUGAGCCACACCUCUUGCCUGUGAGAGCUUUAAAUGAAGUCUUCAUUGGAGAGUCUCUCUCAUCCAGGGUGAACUAUAAGUCCUGCAAACCCAGUUUUAAAUUCUCCCUUCGUAGGGCCUCUUACUAUGAAAUAUCAGUUGAUGAUGGUCCAUGGGAGAAACAAAAAAGCUCAGGUCUCAAUAUAUGCACUGGAACUGGAUCAAAAGCAUGGUCUUUUAAUAUCAACAAAGUAGCAAAUCAGGCUGUGGAAGAAAUCCUUAAGAUUGCCAAAGGUUAUGACAGCUUAAAUCUUCCAUUGAGCAAAGAACUAAUCCAAAAAGUAACAGAUGGAUAUAAUGAAUCUCUGCUAUAUAGUCCAGAGGAACCGAAGAUGCUUUUCAGCGUACGAGAACCUAUUUCAAAUCGUGUUUUUUCAAGUAGUCGGCAACGGGGUUUUGCUUCAAAAGUUUGCAUCCGCUCUCGAUGUUGGGAUGCCUGUAUGGUGGUAGAUGGAGGAACUUCAUUUGAAUUUAAUGAUGGAGCAAUAGCAUCAAUAUUGAUCAAUACAGAAGAUGCACUGCGUACUGUUUUGCUAGAAGAAUGAAGAAACUUUUGGAAACACUCAGAACUCAAAUCACAAAAAAAGGGAUAUGCUACACCAUUUCAGAUGCAUACUGACAAGCAUUUGGGAAACACAUAUUGAAAUGGGUUUUCAUUUCUUUUGGCUGAGAAUUUCUUGGUAAACCAGUGUUUGUCCUUUACUUCAUAACAAAAGAUAGGUUGGAGAUUUACAUCUCAUGCCAACACGCCCCUGACAGUAAAAUCUUAAAGUAGUAGGUUGCUUCUAAAACUAAAGCAGGGAUUAUGGAUAUUAAAGUCAGUUCUAUGGAUCUGUCUUAAAACCAAGUGAACAAAACACCUUGAUUUUUUGCAACAUAUUUCCAUCAGUUUCCAAAAGCAAAUGUCAAAAGGUAAUUAUUUUAAGGUUAGGUCUGUGUUUAAGUUACUGCCUAAGAAUUUGAUGUAUUCCUUUUGUAUACGUGAAGAAUUUUGCUUCUCUGUCAUAAUAUUUGAAAUUGAUAUCAUCCUAAUUUUCUAGUCUAGUUUUCAUAGAUCAUCAGGAUUAUCUAGUGUCUAAACCCCCUUUGAGUAAUGCAGUGCCUGUUUCUUUGGCAACUCAAGGGUAUCACCCGUUCUUCAUUAUCUUCUUACAGUGUGGGUUUAUAUAUGUAUAUUGGACUAAACUCGCUUCUAAAAAAGAUUUUUCAGUAAAUUCCCUCUAUAUUUUUUUCUUAGAAAAUUUGUAUAGUAAAUAUUUAUGCAAGAUGUUGCAUACUUAAUUAUUAGGAAUUCCAUUUCUUUAAUUAGGCCUUAAUCCAGAUCAGAAGGAGAAGGAAUGUCUCCCUACUGUGCUGAAGGCCUGCAAUCAGGAUACAAACUGGUGCUGUUGAUUCACCCCUUCAGAGCAUUACAAAUGAUGCAGUUGAGUAUUAGGUCAAAUUACACUGCCACAUAAGUUUGAAUUGUGCUCGGUAGCAGACUGGCAGCCAGUGGAGCUGGCAUAGCAAGAGAGUUGUGUGCAAUUACACCCCUCACCCUAAAAGGGAAAAACAAGGCAAGUCUGAUUGUAAUUGGAGAAAGUGCACAAUACUAUGGAUCAUUCCAUGCCAAGUGGUCUAAAAUUUCAAAACGUUCCCACCAUCAUGUUCUCUAUUGUUUUUUUCCAAAUUUUAGCUGUAGGGCCAGUCAGGUGUUAAACUAAGUUUCCAAAAAUGUGAGGUCUCUUAACUGCAAUAGUUGCUGAUCCCCUUAUAGCGUGUGCACGACAUUUAACAAAAUGCCAUUUUGGGGGGUCUAAUAAAAUUGAAACUAAAUGUAUAAGAAUUGCUAGUAAAUUGAAAUACUUGAAAAAAAUUGAAAAAAUUAAUUUCAUCAGAAUUAGCAGAAAAAACUGUACAGGAUUUCAGUUUACUAGCCAUUUUUAUACAGUUAGUUUCAAUUUUAUAGACCUCAAAAAUGGCAUUUUGUUAAAUGUCAUGAGCACACUGACUAUCCUUCAGAUAAGCAGGUCUACAUCAGCAACUACUGCAGGUAGAGACCUCAAAUUUUGGGAAACUUAGUUUAACACCUGACUGGCGCUACAGCUAAAAUUUGACAAAAUUGGAGACAUUAUAGUGGGAAGGUUUAGACUACUUUGCAUGGAAUGACCCAUAUUCCUUUUAAACAUUCACGUGUGACUGACAGUUUGUGUUGUUUUAAAGGUAUCUAAAAGAAGCAUAUCUAUACUUUCAAAGAAGGGAAAUAUUCAAGCAUCUUAAAUGCACUCAUUUGUCAAUGAAACCGGUUUAGAAUGUCUUUUUUAAUGAGCAAAGAUGAAUAAACACCACAUUGAUAUGGUAUCAGAAUUCACAAUUGGAUAGAACAAACCUUAACACUAUAACCAUGGCAACAAUUGUUAAUUUAAACUAUCAUUUCUUUAUUUAAAUCAACUAUAUUGCUAUCUUAGCAAAUAUGGUACUCACUAAAAUAUUGGUUGACACUAUUUAAGCACAGAUACAAUGUGAACUGGUGGUGAGUAAUGUCAAAUGUAUUUACUGUUCACAUUUAAAAUAGGGGGAACUAAUCUCUAAGUCAAAACAUAUUGUUUCCCCUUAAUUAACAUUAAAUAGGCAUACAUCUUCAACACUAAACAAUCCAGGCUUUUGGUAGCCUGGACAAUAGUGAUGUUGAUCUCUAGCCCUUAAACCAUACUGUGAAGAACCUGACUCAUUUUGUAAUACACCCACUAAAUUUGUGUGCUGCAAAAUGAUAAUCUGCUGCUAACCAUAGGUAUUUGCCUGCAUAGUGGGUAUACAUAUGUGGGACUAACGUGCUCAUAAUGUUGAGAGCAAGGAAGAAAAAUGCAGAGUAUAAAUGGGUCCUGUAAUCAUUAUUUCAAAAUGAUGAAAGCUGUGAAAUCAACUGGAUGGGAUUGAAACUUGUUUUUUCAGUUUAAUAUAAAGUUUAGAUUGCUAAUUGAGGAGUAUGAUCAUUUGCGCAUGUUUGAGAAACUUCCAUUAAUUCCACAAUCCCUUCUCCUACAUAUACACACUUCAUGUGUACACAAGGGUAAAAUGCAGUGCCCCAAUUGGACUGUAUCCACAAUGAAAGUGAAUCAUGCCCUGAAAAAAGGAUACUCAAUGUGUAUUUUACAGUGCCAAAACCAUGAUUUAACAUUGUAUGUAAAGAUUCGUACAACUGCCUACCUUGAGUUAAGAACAAAGAACAAACUUCAUAAAGUCACUCGGGGAAAAGUGAUGGUUUUAGAGCAAAGCCUUAAACGUCCAAAUGAAAAAUGUUCUUUGAAGUGAUCUGUGAAAUACAAAUGUGCCCAGGAUUUCUUAAUCCAUGCACUUUUAACCAUGAUGUUUCUGGGAAGUUCCUUUCCUAUGCAUUAGGAAUUGGGGUCUGGCAUGGAGUAAGGAAAGCUUGAUAGCAGUUGUAAUUUGUGCUGGCUCUUGCUUCAGUAAGGUAUCAGAUUUGAACUGGUACUAGCCAUAUUUGAAUUUGGUUCAGUUGAUUUUAAAACAAAAGCAGAAGAGUGCAUUCUAAAUUAACUGAAUUUCUUAAUUUCUCAUUUGUUCUCUCCCACCCCAACUUGUUUAUUCAUAGUGACGGUAGUUUAGUAAAAUAGCAUUGGAGGGUAAGUUAAAUGUUCCUCAGUCGGGUUGCAUUUAGUGUAUUUAAAAUCAAGGCUUCAAAACAAAAAGUUGUUCACUUGUAAAUUUCUUAGUCUAUUAUUGAUUUUGACCUGAUUUAAAAUUAUUUGUUGAAAAAAGACAAUCUCUAGAAAAAAAUGUAAGCUUUUUGUAAAUAAUUAUCUAAAUUGCUUUGUGUUGAAGUCAACAAGGCAAUUUAUAUGAUAGACUAGAAUAUGUGGAAUUUGUGCAAAUGCCAAAAUGUAAUAAAACUACCCUUCUCCCAAUGUUGUCUAAUUCCAGCAUGUCAUGUAUUUUUAAUUAAUUUGAUUGAAAAAUAGCAUCGGGAUUGGUUUUACUAAGAAAUAAUGUAUGUGGUUGGUAACUAAAUGUAAUAAAUGUGAAUUUGUGUUUUGGAA